AUGUAUCCUGUUGGAGGGGGCCUGGGACCGCCGCAAGGCAUGGUGCCCAUGCAGCAACAGCAGCAACAGCAGGGCUACCCCAUGGUUCAGGUGAUGCAACCUAAUAUGCAGGGCAUGAUGGGAAUGAACUUUGGGGGACAGAUGCCUCCAGGAGCCAUGCCGAUGCAGGGUGGAAUGGCUAUUGGGAUGCAGACCCCUGGGAUGCAGUUCAUGGGCCAGCCACAGUUUAUGGGUAUGAGACCUGCCGGACCCCAGUAUACUGCGGACAUGCAAAAACAAAUGGCUGAAGAGCACCAAAAACGUCUGGAGCAGCAGCAGAAGAUGCUCGAGGAGGACAGGAAAAGAAGACAAUUUGAGGAACAAAAACAAAAGCUGAGGCUGCUUAGUAGUGUCAAACCUAAGACAGGAGAGAAGAGCCGGGAUGAUGCUUUGGAGGCAAUCAAAGGCAACCUGGAUGGUUUCAGCAGAGAUGCGAAGAUGCACCCUACUCCAUCAUCACAGACCAAGAACCCAGACUCAUCGCCAUCACACCCGUCUGUCACCUCUCACUCCCUCCCCCCAGCUUUAACAGAAGACAAUGAUGAGUUUAGUGACUUUCAGGGGACUUUAGAUGCUCCUGCCUCCCUCCCUUCCUCCUCCUCCUCCUCCACCACUUCCUCCACCUUCGGGCUCUCCUCUCAGGCCCACGUCCAGCCUCCCUCCUCCUCUACUAAGACAGGUUUCACUGAGGACGAUGACGAGUUUAGUGACUUUGUUCAGGGUCCUGCAAAUGCCUUCCCUUCCAUAAACUCCCACCUCUCCUCUCAGGCCCAUGUCCAGCCAUCACCCCCUUCCUCCUCCUCCUCCUCCAUCCCUCAGUCCCUCCCUGCCACUGUGUCCAUUCCCACUGCCACCCAACACUCUGCUGUCAACAGCACCAGCUCCCAACCUACAUUUCAAGGCCCAUCCUUGGAAGAGAAGCUAUUCUCCUCAUGUGACCUUACAGGUGAUAAGACGGCCCAUGUUAGCUUUAAAUCCAAGCAGAGUUUGGCUGCAAUGGGUCCUAGAACUAAAGUUUCAGCCCAGUUUCAGUCCAGCACUAAAUCCAGGAACUGGGCUGCGGCCUCUGGGGACUUGAGUUCUGCCUUCGUCGCUGAAAGGCCACCUGAGGCUCCGGUUUCAGCACCCAACGCCCCCCCAUCAGCUGCUGACUCAUCCCCUCAAACCAGUAGUGACAGUGCGGGUGUUGGCGUUUAUCCACAACAAGAGCACAUUCAGCCCAUGCUGCCAGCCUGGGUUUACAACGACAGCCUCGUCCCAGAAAUGUUCAAGAAGGUUCUUGAAAUCACCAUGAACCCAACAGGGAUAGACACAGCCAAGCUCUACCCAAUAUUAAUGUCAUCAGGUCUUCCCAGGGAAGCACUGGGUCAAAUCUGGGCGACGGCCAACCGCACAACACCUGGCAUGCUGACCAAGGAGGAGCUCUACACUGUACUUGCACUAAUUGGUGUGGCACAGAGUGGCCUCCCAGCAAUGAAUGUGGAAAUCCUCAGUCAGUUCCCUUCUCCACCAGUGCCCAACCUUCCUGCCCUGGCCAUGGCCUUGGCUCCCGUCAUGCCCCAGCACCAGCAGCCCAUGAUGACCCAGCCGCCCGUCUCCAUGGCCAUGCCCACACCUGCACCACCAGUCAUGGCAAUGACACCCACAGCAUCGGCUCAAGCAUCCACGAACACUAACUUCAUUGCCAGUUUCCCUCCUGCACAGGCGACCAAAACCGAUGACGAUGAUUUCCAGGACUUCCAGGAGGCUCCAAAGCCAGGAGUAGGAGACCAGGCCUUCACUGAGUUCCAGGGGGAUUCUAGUGCAAGUUUCCCCACCAGCAUAGCAUCACAACACCAAAACAGUGCACCUGCCAUGCUGACUCCAGUGUCUGGUUCCUCCUCUGUCUCCGUCACAUCCUCUGAUAAGUACGCUGUCUUCAAGCAGCUGUCUGUGGAUCAGCCUGCAGAGCCUACACCCCCUCCCUCAGAUAUUGGAGACAAAUACAGUGUGUUCAGACAACUUGAGCAACCAGCUGACAAGAAACCAGUCGGGGAAGGAUUUGCAGAUUUCAAGUCUGUCAGUGCUGAUGAUGGCUUCACAGACUUUAAAACCGCCGACAGCGUCUCUCCACUAGACCCAUCAGAACAAGCCAAGAUCUUUCAGCCUGCCUUCCCUUCUGCUUUCCCCAACUCUCAGUCUCUACAACAAUUACCACAACAGCAGCAACAGCCAGCAGUAUCUCUUUCUCAGCCCAAAAACCCUCUCAACAUGGCAGACCUGGACCUUUUCUCGUCUAUAGCUCCCUCUGUUCCCGCCCCUGCUGAGACAAAACCUACCACCUUCCCCUCUGUUUCUGUGCCCCCCUCGCUAGUCCUUUUACCAGGUGGAGCGAAGCCCCCAGGGGGAGGGGCAGAUGACUUUGGUGACUUUGCCCUCUUUGGCUCCUCUUCUGAUGCUGCUCCGGCUUCAACAGCUGGAGGAGCUGUGGCAGCGCCGCAGGACGACUUCGCUGACUUCAUGGCGUUUGGCAGUUCUGGUGGCGAGCCUAAAUGUGAGAGCAGUGUCGGGGUUCCAGGCGAGACCUCUGCUCAACAGCGACCUCAGCAGAGCUCAGACAAAUAUGACGUGUUCAAACAGCUGUCUCUGGAGGGAGGCCUGGCCUACGAUGACACCAAGGAGAGCGGUGGAGGCUCCUUCUCUUCUCUCAAGAGUGACCCAGACGACUUUGCCGACUUCCAGUCCUCAAAAUUCUGCACAGCGCUCGGUGCCUCAGAAAAGACCCUGGUAGACAAGGUGGCUGCUUUUAAACAGGCUAAGGAGGACUCCGCCUCUGUCAAGUCCCUCGACCUCCCGUCCAUCGGGGGGAGCAGUGUGGGAAAAGACGACUCAGAGGAUGCACUGUCAGUGCAGCUGGACAUGAAGCUGUCGGACAUGGGCGGAGACCUGAAGCACGUGAUGUCGGACAGCUCUCUGGACUUGCCGGGUCUCUCGGCCCACCAGCCCCCCGCUACAGAAGGAGACGACUUGAAAUUUGACCCCUUUGGGACAUCGGGCCUCAGUACCCUGACCAGCUAUGAUUGGUCAGAGCGGGAGGAAAAUCUUCCCACUGAGGUCAGAAAGCUGCAGGGCCUGGAAGGGGCAGCCCCUUCAUCUUUAGCCCCGACACAGAGGAGGGAGCUGACCUUUGGCAGCACUGAAAACAUCACAAGCACCUCAGUAGCAAAGACCACCACCUCAUUACCCGCCGACGAUGCCUCAUCCUCAGAUGACAAGUUUGAAGCCUUUGCUGACUUUGGCUCCAGUGACCAGGGCCGUGUUGAUGACGAGGACGACUUUGGGGACUUUGCAAGUACUGUUUCUGAGAAGUCUGACUCACCCACCACCGCUGCUGAGGUGGGCUCUGAGGGCAACCAAAAUGAAGCUCCUGAUGAGUUUGGUGCCUUCCAGGGAGACAAGCCAAAGUUUGGCAAGUCUGACUUCCUCAAGGCCAGUGCUCAGCCCAAAGUCAAGUCCAGUGAGGAGAUGAUUAAGAAUGAACUGGCAACCUUUGACUUGUCUGUUCAAGGCUCACAUAAACGCAGUCACAGUUUGGGCGAGAAGGAGAUUGGGCGUUCGCCCCCAUCUCCGGCUCCGGAGCAGCCCUUCAGGGACCGAUCCAGCACCCUGAGUGAAAAGCCCGCCCUGCCUGUCAUCAGGGACAAAUACAAGGAUCUGACUGGGGAAGUGGAGGAGAGUGAGCGCUACGCAUAUGAAUGGCAGAGGUGUCUGGAAAGUGCUCUGGAGGUAAUCACCAAAGCCAACAACACCCUAAAUGGCAUCAGCAGCUCCUCUGUCUGCACUGAGGUCAUCCAGUCUGCUCAGGGCAUGGAGUACCUGCUGGGUGUGGUGGAAGUGUAUCGUGUCACAAGGCGUGUGGAGCUGGGCAUCAAAGCGACAGCUGUGUGCUCUGAGAAGCUGCAGCAGCUGCUGAAGGACAUCAGCCGCGUGUGGAACAACCUUAUGGGCUUUAUGUCGCUGGCCAAGCUUGCGCCUGAUGAAAGCUCCCUAGAUUUCUCCUCCUGUAUUCUGAGACACGGCAUCAAGAAUGCCAAAGAGUUGGCUUGUGGGGUGUGUCUACUCAACGUCGACGCUCGCAGCAAGGCGUUCAACUCGGAGACGGACAACUUCAAGCUGCUGUACGGAGGCCACCAGUACCACGCCAGCUGUGCCAAUUUCUGGAUUAACUGUGUGGAGCCUAAACCCCCAGGCCUCAUACUGCCUGACCUGCUCUGAGCUUUUUGGCGGCGGCUGCCAUGGCAACGGGGCAGGGGCUAAUCAACAUCAGAUAGGUGGAGCGGCCGGACGACUGGCACUGCACAGGCUCUCACCUUGGGCUGAGAGCGACAGAACAAUGUUUAAAGUCACCCAAUCCCUCUGUAAUUAUUCAUUAGUUUUUGUACUCUGAAAAUCUCCCUCUGUCAUGAUCAUGUGUUCAUGUGCAGAUUUAGUAGCUUGUUCAAAUUUAAAGCCUUUCUCUAAAUACUUAUCUGCUGUAUUAUUGUUAUUAUCAUUUUUGUUCCUCCUGGUUUAACUACCUAAACAUAUAGGUCAGCUGUACAGGUCAUAUUUAAAUCUAUUACUAAUGAUGCUUUUAAGAAAUUAUUUUCACUGCAGAAAAAAGGUGAAUAUUGCAACAUAAUCACUCGACAGUGACUGUAUUUAAAUUAUUUCGGAGUGCAAUAUUAUUCAAAACACUGGCAAAGGAAGUCUGUAAACAUGUUGACUUUUUAAUAUCACUUGUUGCUUUGCUCCCAUUUGAGAGGAAUUUUAUUCAUCAUUCCCUUUUUUGUUCUACUGAACCUGAGCUGUUGAAUCAUAAGCCUAUUGUUGUACUUGAAUUAUUCUGAUCAAAACUCCGUGGCUGUUAUGGUUUUAAUAUCUUUUUGAAAGUCUGUCACACUCAAACUGUCACUUCUGGGCUGGAAGGCGAGGGGUCUACCUUUUUAUGAAUUGUGUUGAAAUAACUGCUUUAAAUGUCUUGCACUGUGUUGGAGGAGAUUUCAGCACCUCUUUGGGUAUUUAAAUUGUGUAUUUUAUAGGAGAAGAGUUGUGAUUUCGGGGACCUGAAGGGAAACUUGUGUUUUGCAGUUUUUUGUGUUGUGUGCAAUUACAUCUGAAAGUCUGGAAGAAGUCGACUGUGAUCUGAACUAAAAUUGCAGCAGCACUUUUUGUAUAUUACAGUGUCGUGCUGUAGCAUAAUUAUGACUAACUGUAAUGUGAAUGUGAUGUAAAUAAAUGAGAAUGCAUACAGUU